GCAAGGAUUCCAGGCCAUAGCAAUUUGCGGAGCCGUGCUAGACUGUUUGGCCAUGGCGGCCGCAGCUGCAGCGGCUGCCUCCAAAUACACUGGCAAGUACGCCUUGCAUCCUUUGCUCCCUGGAGCUGCGCAAGCUGUUGCUGAUGCCUGCAGAGGAAAGCUUCAUCCAUCUUGGACUGACAAAGCACAGACCCUGUUGAGCACCUGGGAGAAACUGCAUGUGUGCAUGCCCCGCUAUGCCAGCUUCAUGGCAAAGUGCAACAGAAAGGACCUCAAGCGGCCUCACAUCUUCAUGAAUGAGCAGGCCCAGGCAGCACUAGGGGAGUUCUACCUUUGCUGUGCUCUUCGAUUGAGAGCCAACGAAGUGGAGGCCGCCGGUGAGGAUUCUGCCAAAUUGCUUGACCUCGCCGGUCAGGUUGCUCAGAAUGAUGUCGAGCCCUUUUUCCAGGACUGCCGGGAGUUUGUUGCAAACUACAGUGAGGCCCUUCACAGGCGCUUGGAUGACACCACGGUGUGGCGUGAGGUAGAAGAUGGGCUUUUUUGGCACCACAGCUUUGAGGUUGUUGCGGAAGAGGCAUACAGAGAUCUCCGACAAGAAGCUCUUCCUCCAGAGGCUGAAUGGCCAAAUCGGGAUGAUGCUUUUGCCGUAGAAGCAGUGCCGGGUGCUCUGGGUUUGAAGGGAGCCACCAGUAUUCUUGAAACGCAGGAUAUGUUGAACAAAACUUUUCAGUCCAGCACGACCGUUGCAUAA